AUGGAAAUUCUUUCUAACCUCUGGGAUCAAGUCUUCAACCCCGAAAUCCGACCUGGUCUGCACCCGAUUCCGGGCUCAGUGCCCUUAACGCUCGAAGCCGCUGUGUGUCCUCCUCUAGUCUACUACAUCGCCCUUCUAUUCCUGGCUCCGCCGCCUCCGAAUGGCAUCGAAACGACACCAAUAAAGCUCUUGCGUAACAGCCUCGCCAUACUUGCCGGGGUCCUCUUCUUUCGCUUGCCGCUUGCCUACCAUGUGCCUCAGAGUAUCGGCCUCACGUACCAACUCGGACUUGUCGGCCUGUACGGAGGCUGUCGAGUCGUGGAUGCCUUCUUCAUCAGCCCCUACUUGUUCGGCCAUAUUCCUAGAAGGGUAAGGUAUGAGCAUGUAUCGCGACCAUCGACUCCGGCGCUGGAGCACAAGCCUCAGAACUUGAAGGAAUGGUCUAAUGGCGGCGUGAAGGAUCCUUUCAUGGGUAUUAACGACGCAUCAAACCGUGUCUCUCAUCGGGCCAGAAAGGAGAAAUCCACACCUCCGUCAACGUCCACAAGCAGUGACACCCGCCGCCCAUCUAUAAUGGAUCAUGCUGAAGACUACUUCUCACGUACCCUCUCUGGCCCAGACCCGAAACCGGUGUACGAAACCGCCCACACCGAAGAAGGUUGGCCCCAAACUUUUCUUGAGCGAGCUUCUUGGGCCUUUGAGCUUGAGCUCUCCAUGCGCGGUAUCGGCUUCACCUGGACGACCGCCGACGUCAGGCACACCCGUCGUACAUGGCUCCCAACUGUUUCCAACCGCGUGCACAGCCUGUUCCUCCGCUCCGGACCAGUCCUCUUCGUCGCCUGGACCAUCAUCAAAUACACCUACACCACCUACCUCUUCCCCUAUGCCGACAUAUCAUGGGACGAGCAGCCCUACCACCUCUUCGACACACUUCCCCUGGCGAACCAGCUCCUACUGACAGGUGCACUGGGCGCGUUCCUGAUGGCAGCGUUCUCCUUUGGUCAUUCACUGUUCGCGAUCGUCCUGCAUCCGCUCUCACCCUCGCCCCUAGCCUUCUUCCCACCAUUGUACACCACUCGCGUGUGGGACAUCACAUCGGUGCGCCGCUUCUGGUCGUACGGCUGGCACCGCCUCUUUGCCCGCCUGUUUCUGGUCUAUGGCGUCUGGCCGGGCGAGUGGCUGGAGCGAAAGCUCUUGGGCAAGCGGGCUGAUCAGCCCGCCGAUAUAGGCAAGGUUCUCGGUGGGUUUGGCUCGAGUGCGUUUGUGCAUGCGUUUUCCGUGAGGGGGGUGCUGGAGGGGAAUUGGUUCAUGGCGGCUGGCGAGGCGAAAUUCUUCGCGCUCAAUGGAGUGGCGGUAGUGGUUGAGGGGAUCGUAGUGCGCGUGGUGAGGGCGGUGAGGACGCAGAGGGGUUGGCCGAGCGAGAUGUGGUAUGAUGCGUGGUUUGGGAGGGUGUGGUGGAUUGCAGUACUGCUCGGCACAGGGAGGAAUUUUGCUAGGGGAUGGGUCAAGGCCUGCUUGGUGAGAGAGAUGGCCUUCAUGUGA